AUGGCGACACCCGUUGGGAUGCUUUGCGACUACGAAUCGUCGGUUGAUGUAAUAACCUUUUUUGCUGAUUUGUAGAACGAGGUUUACAACAUAAACACUGUAUUUCUCGUAACUUCACUUGCAUUUUAAUCAUUUGGCCGUGCAGUGCCUUUUUCCUUUUCAUUUACGUCGUUUCCUUGGUCCACACCGAGCUCUGUAGUGCUUCGUAUCUAUUUUGAUCCGUACAGAUACUCUUUAGGCGCCAGUCUCUGAUUUGUCGAGCUUUCGUCUGCGUACCACUGCACGUUUCACCUCCUUACGCCCAUGUUCGGUCGUACGGUUUUCAGGACCUGCAUUUGAUUUAAACGCAGUCUUCUUUUGACUGAAUUAUAAAGUCUCAUUAAUGGUCUAGUGGCAUGCCUUUGCGCAUAUUUCGCGUCUUAGGUUGCCCAGUAGCUUGUUCAUUACAGUCACCUAGGAACACCUGCAACGAUGGCGACUUGGGGACAUAUGUCUAGCAUAUGCUGGGCGAUUGCAAUUCCUCGCCAACCCUCAGGCAUUCCAAAUCGUUUUGUAUUCCCGAGUGUUCCACUAGCCGAUGUCAAAAGCUACACCCCUAUCUGACUGUUUAUUGGUUGCAAUGUGUAAUUGUAGGACGGCGAUGCAUUGUCAGGUUUGCAUAAGUUUGACGCUAUGAUUCAAGUGCUCCGGGAAACUCCAGAGCUCAACAUAACGACGGACUAGUGAACAUUCCCCUUUGAUGGCCCAUAGAACACUUAAUAAGUCUUAAGUGGGCCCUGUCAAAUCUGUUUGCAAAGUUAGAGGUUAAUUUCUACUGCAGAUGGGAAAUUCCUGACAACAGUUAGAAGCGAGUGUCCUGGAGUCUCCAUAAUACGUAAAUACACCAGACCAUCACUCCGCCAGAGUACUCAUUAGGUCGCAGCGAGAUACCCGGCACGGACCCUUUACUGUUUCCUGAAUAUUUUGGGCAUCCCGGUUGACACGUACAAAGCAAUUCGGCCAGGUGCAUUUAGCGAGCGCACAAACUUCAUCUAACAAUGAAGAAAAGUCUGCCGACUGGUGGGUCUCAUCUCAGCAUUUACGGACAUCAUUUUAAUCGCGAUGACGCCUGUGAUUUUUGGUCCUGUGCUAUCGGUAGAUAGAUUUGUGCAUUCAGACUUCGCAAAUAUCUGUCUAUGGAAGUAUGGAGAUUAUUUGCGAUUAAGUCUGUUUUAAGAGUUACUUACUUCACUGGCUUUCAUGUGUCUGGGGCGAGGCUGCCACUGUUCACCGCACCUCAGCUCUAGAGUAGUAUCUUUACUGAAAUUUGCGGCUAGCACCUAUUCAUACUGCUUUAUUUUAUAGGACUCAACCGAGGAACCGCAGCAGGUUAAUGAGCCCACGCAACAGUCAGAUGUAAGCUUUCUCCACCAACCCUUUUAAAUCAGUAACAAUUUACACUUUACACGUUUCUCACUAAGCUAGUUUGUUUCAUGGGAUACCAAGGUUCCAGAGAGGUCGUCUCCUCAUCCAACAUCAUCCAGCUCCUCCGAUGAAAAAAGUGUUGACUCGCCUAAACGGAAGCCCUCUCUUCCCCGGCAGUAUAGAAGCAAACGACGGUCUUCUCGGGACAAGGCCUCGUGUUCUCGCUCCAGGUCUUCAAGCAGCCAUAGGUUAGGGAACCUACAAGCGCUGAUUUCUUUAUUUCCAAAUCACUUAAGCCCUUUCUAACUAGUUGCUUCAUUGUAGGUCGCGCGAUCGUCGUGACCGGCAUUCAGAACGCCGCGAUCGUCACUACAGAAGACGGAUUAACCGUUCUUCCGAUCGUGAUCGUCAUCGGCGACGUGGUUCAAGCCGACAUCGUCACAGACGAUCUUCCGGCAGACACCAUUACAGAAGCAGAUCCAGGCAUGGGUCUUCAUCGCACCGCAGCCGCUAUGAAGAUAAACAUUGUGGGCCUUCACGAUCCAGGCUUACAAAUGGUGUAACCCGUCGGGAUUUGGAAUCAAGACCCGAGCCCAAGGUACUAACUGAUUAUAAAAUGAACACUUUCUAAUAUAUAUUUUUUUCAACUUUUAGCCUGUAGAACCACCAAAACCUAUUGAUCCUGCUGUCGCCGCCAAAGAGGUAGCAGCAAAGGCUUCGGCUAUGAUUGCGUCUGCGAUGAGUCGGAAUCUAGUUCAGCCUGCAACAGGUACGCUUUUCACAACUUUCUCCAAUGACGUUCUGGACUUAGUUAACUAUUGCAGAAGAAAUAGAAAAACGUACGUACAUAUGUCCGCUCAGCAACUGGCUCGUAACCGCACUGAUAGGCGAGGCAUAGCGUCACGCCGGCCACUACACCUGGUACCUUUCCCCAUUCGUCAUUGUUACUAGUGUAUAAUAUAAAGGAUAAAAUUUUACGCGGAGUAUGCGUAUACCUUUCUUAGGCUAGAUCGCAGUUGGUAGCGAGGAAUGGGGAAGCGGACGACGACCUUAGUCCUAAUCCUAAACUUAGCCCGAACCUUAACCUUAAACGUUAGCCGUUAACCCUAAAGGCAACCUUAAUCGAAAUCGUCAACUUAAACAUAGCCCUUAGACAUAGCCGUAACUGAAAAACCUAGCCGUAAUACUGAUACCUAUUCGUACGUUCAAACCCUAACCAUAAUCCGAAAACCUAAGCCCAAAGGCAUAACCCUAACCCGAAAAUCGGAAACCAUUAACCGGUACCCUAAUCCUAACCUCAAACGUAAAACGGAAGCCAAAUGGGUCAGAUGUAAUCACAUAACCUCAGUAAAUUACCCUCCCCCCGCCACCUGUAAUGCGGGUCCUGGCUACCAACUGCGAUCUAGCCCUUAUUAUAACCCUGACGUGCUUUUGAUCCACGACGUAAACAUCACAAUGCCCCCACUGCAGGUCGAGUAAACGGGGCUUCAAUUUUGCAUUUCACACCCAAGCUGUAGAAUACAAUUUUAGAACCUGACCAUACAAAAGCGCCCAAAUAUAGGGGAGUACUUGAUGUUUUUUACAUGUCGCACGUCACCUAGUUGCAGUACGAGUCUACUGAACAUGCCAGUGUGCACUGCCCUGUAAAGUCAUCGUGAGCUUUGCUAACUUCGCCUAAGGUCACAGGUCUGGCAUGUAAAAAUGACGAGUUUUGGAGCUGCAUUAAUAAAACAACACUGAAAUACUUGUUUAUCAUCUGGUCGACCCCUAGCUUACAAUAGACCGAUGCUAUUGAGGUCUAGCUUUUGAAUCGUUUCUUUGGUGCAUUUUCCACCUCAUUUUGGUGCUGAUGCGUAGUUUCUCGUUACUCGGCAGACCAUUCCUACUUCCGCAUAAUUUUGCUUUAUAGAUGCCAACGGACUGCCCCGUGUAGACCCGAAGGAUAUUCUGGCCAAAAUUCAGGAAACACAGUUAGCUCAGGCAAAAGCCCAGGCAGAAGCCGCAGCUGUUGCAGCAAAUAUUCCAAAAUUUUAUAAUCCAUUGUCGGUAAAUGCCGCAAAGUUAGCUGAACAACAACAGAAACGGAAGUUACUCUGGUCCAAAAAAACAGCUGAUAAGAAAGAGGUGAGAUUUGGACACUCCUUUCUUAGUUUCUCCGUUUGUCGUUUUUGCCCUCUUCGGGGUCCACAACCUAUUUCCGUUGCUGAAUCCAAUGAUAUUUGUCAAGUCAAUUUUCCACGAUUUCCUGUGUGUGGCCCUUGCUUACACUCACUCAAGCCAGCCGACUGGCAAUUCUUCAGGGAGAAGGUGUGGAUUAUGCUUAGAAUGGACAGUUUGCUCUGUAAGCAGUACCGUUAAAUUCCUGCUUAGGCCACCAUCAUAUGCGUCUAUUCUGUCAGCUACGAGGGCAUUUAAGUCACACGUAUUCCGAAAAAUGAAUCCGAUUUACGCACGAGACUGAAGGGCCGCUGUCGAAACCAGCCUAUGAGCCUCGGCUUUUUGCAUCACACCAUGCUUAUGACUCCCACCUUUCCAUUGGUGUUUCGCUAACAACGCAUACAUCCGAGGUUGUUCUGCGAAUCCACCCUGACUUCAUCCUUGGCAUAUUCUGUUUGGGCUAUGAGGCCUCCCGUCGGUUGGAUUUGAGCCACUAAAGGCCGUGCUGUGAAUCAGCUAGUAGAAACACCGUAUGUCAGUGUUUGUGGAAGCCUGCCUCAUUCCCGAACUGUAAGACCAGACCACUAAAGGUUUCCCUCCUACACUUACAUUUGUUUUCAAGCAACACGCGUGCUCGCUUCUUCAACUAAACGGCCAGAUUUCGGUCACGUGA